GCUUCUAACACUGGAUAAGCCCCUCUUCUGUCUCUCUCUCUCCUCAGUUUCAAGCCAAGUUUCCACGAUGAUAUAACUUUGAAAUCCCAAAUUGCCAAACCCAAAAAUUCCUUUUUUUUUUUUAAUACUUAUAUAAUACAUAUACAGUUAGUUCCAAUGGCGGCAGUUAGUUCUCUAUCUUUCUCGGCAAUUGGUCAAACUUCCGCCGACAGAAAAGUCAAUGUCUCAUCGGCUCGUUAUCUGGCUUCCAAUUUCGAAGGAUUCGGUUUCCGCACAAGCCUUUUGUAUCAUUCCCUCGGGGUUCGAGUUUCCACUGCAGCUUCUUCUUCCGUUGUUCAUUGCAUGUCUACUGCUACUGAUGUCCCAACUGUAUCUGAAACAAAGUCGAAUUUUUUAAAAGCAUAUAAACGACCCAUCCCAAGUGUGUACAACACGGUUUUGCAGGAGCUGAUUGUGCAGCAACAUUUGAUGAGGUACAAGAGGACUUACCUGUAUGAUGCCGUCUUCGCCCUUGGUUUUGUUACUGUAUAUGAUCAAUUGAUGGAAGGAUAUCCGAGUGAUGAGGAUCGAGAUGCCAUCUUCCAAGCUUAUAUCAAAGCAUUGAAAGAGAAUCCCCAACAGUAUAGAAUUGACGCACAGAAAUUGGAAGAGUGGGCCCGUGCUCAAACUUCCAGUUCACUAGUUGAGUUUCCAUCAAGAGAUGGAGAAGUUGAGGGGAUACUGAAAGACAUUGCAGAAAGAGCUGGGGGAAAGGGGAGUUUCAGCUAUAGCCGUUUCUUUGCUGUUGGGUUGUUUCGUCUUCUUGAGCUGGCCAAUGCAACUGAACCUACAGUUUUAGAGAAGCUUUGUGCAGCCUUAAAUAUCAACAAAAGAAGUGUGGACCGAGAUCUUGAUGUGUAUAGGAAUCUUCUUUCCAAGCUGGUUCAAGCGAAAGAGUUGCUUAAGGAGUAUGUUGAUAGGGAAAAGAAGAAAAGAGAAGAAAGAUCAGAAUCGCAGAAGGCCAAUGAGGCCGUCAAAAAUUGUUUGGGUGAAUACCAGUACGUUGGCCGGUAAUUUGAUCUGUCUACUCCAGUAUGCUUAUCAUCUUUGGUGAUACUUCAAUACCCAUUUUGUUUGCUCCGAGGUAGAAACAGAGUAGAAACAGUAACCUCCAUCAUUUAGGCGCAAUGUGUUAUAUUAUAACUUGUGUACUGUUUUCAGUUUGGAUAUAUGUGUUUUUCCGAUACAGUCUCAACUCUUCUAAGUGCAUCCUUUGCUCAUAGUCCAUCAACUUCUUAUGGCAUCGUAGAACAUUUGUCUCAUUUCGAUUAAAUCCAUUCACAAGUUUCAAGAUUUAUCCAUUCUCUUGAUUUCUUUAAUGUAAUCUAAACAUAGGAUUCUGUAAAUGUUAUAUAUAUACAUGAAAUCCUCAUUCUACUCU